GGCAUCACAGUCAUUACAGUGGUCAAUACGGCGCUGGUAUUUUCAGACUAUUAGUCAUUCCUGGGAACGUUCAUUAUGAUAUUGUUAUCGGUCCGGCUAUGCUCCAUGAUGGGUAUCACGCAGAUUACUAUCAGGUGGUGGAACGACUUUUCUCGGUGCCUGCAAAUCCACUCGCAGCCAACAAUAAUCUGAUCAACGGAAAGAUGGAUUUUAAUUGUAGCGCAAUCACUGUGAAUGCUUCUUGUAAAGCCAACGCUAGACUUUCCAGUUUUCAUUUUCAUCCGGGUAAGACGCACCGACUUCGUCUCAUAAACCCAGGCAUAGAAGGGAAUCAGAAAUUCAGUAUCGAUGGGCAUAUAUUGACAGUUAUUGCUGACCCACCUAUCUAAUACACCUAAAGCUUAAUCAGACAUAGCGUUUGACAAGACAAGCGAGACAAGCUACAUCCAUAAACGGUCCAGCGAAAGGCUUUGAUUGGUCCGAAGAUCGAUAAAUAAUACAUCGAGAUGGAAACUUUCGCACAAAAGAUUCCUGGAGGCCACAUUAUAUCCCCAAUUCCAUGGAGCUAUCGUUCCA